CAUGUCAGUAAAUAAGAAGCAGCAGCAGCAGAAACGCAGCAGCAGCAGCAGCAGCAGGUUAAUAGGCGGGACUUCCUCCGAGCUGUGUGUUUAUCAGCUGGGUGCAGCGCAGGGAUCGAGCCAGUGCAGGAUCUGAUAACGAGGUUGCGUCGUCUCCCGCCACACUAUGCUGGGCCUCUUGCUGCGAGGAGGCUGCGGUCCUCUGCUCGGCCUGCUGGUCCUGCUGCUGCCUCUGGUUUCCCUCCAUCGCCUCAACCACCACCAGCGCAGGGGGCAGAGCGCCAAGGACCGACCCAAGCUGCUGCUCGUGUCCUUUGACGGCUUCCGUUGGGAUUACAUCGACCGCGUCCCGACGCCCAACUUCCACAGCAUCAUGGAUGAAGGGGUGCAGGUGGAGUACGUGGAGACCGCCUACAUCACCAAAACCUUCCCCAACCACUACAGCCUGGUGACGGGGCUGUACGCCGAGACGCACGGCAUCGUGGCCAACGAGAUGUACGACCCCGUCAUGAACAUGUCCUUCUCCAUGGAGACGGACAGCAUUUACGAUUCUCGGUGGUGGGAGGAAGCCGUGCCUCUCUGGGUGACCGUCCAGAAAGCUGGAGGCCGGAGCGGGGCGGCGAUGUGGCCGGGCUCCGAUGUGAAAAUCCACGGCAUGUUCCCCAAUCAGUACCUCCAGUACAACGCCUCGGUCUCCUUCGAAACCAGAGUGGAACGGAUUAUCCAGUGGUUCUCCGCUCCUAAAGAGGAGGCGGUGGAUUUUGGAGUUCUGUACUGGGAGGAGCCCGACGAGAGCGGCCACAAUUUCGGGCCUCAGAGUUCCCUCAUGGACGUCGUCAUCGCCGGGGUCGACGAGAAGCUGGGCUUUCUCUUGAACGAGCUGAAGAAGGCCGGGCUGUACGAGAGCGUGAACCUCAUAGUGACCAGCGACCACGGCAUGGCGCAGCUUUCUGCCGACAACAUCAUAGAGCUGGAUGAGUAUGUGAGCAGAGACGCGUACACGUGGGUGGAUAAGAGUCCAGUGGUGGGAGUCCUGCCCAAAGAAGGGAAGUUCGACGAAGUGUAUAACUCGCUGUUGGACGCAAACCCCAACAUGGCGGUGUACAAGAAGGACGACAUUCCCGAGCACUUCCACUAUCAGCACAACGUCCGGAUCAUGCCCAUCCUCCUGGAGGCCAAGGAGGGCUGGACCAUCGUGCAGAACAGAACCGGACCCUUCAUGUUGGGAAACCACGGCUACGACAACACCUUACGCAGCAUGCAGCCCGUGUUUGUGGCCCGAGGACCGGCCUUUCGACAGAAUUACGUCAAAAGCUCCAUGCGCUCCGUCGACCUUUACCCGCUCAUGUGCCACAUCCUGUCCAUCCGCCCUCUACCGAACAACGGCUCCCUCUUGAACAUUCAAGACCUCCUCUCCUCCCUACCGGCUCCUCCCACACCCAUCCCAAACCACCCACCUACUCCUCCCAAGGCCGGCGGGUACUCCUACGCCCCCGUCGUGGGCUCGUUCCUCGGCGUGGUAAUGGUGCUGGGCUUCCUGGUGGUCUACAUCAUACUAGUGACGCUCAAACAGCGGCCCUCGCUAAAACACAGAAGCUGGGAGAUGUCGCAGCCCUUGCUGCAAGAGGACUUGCACCUGUAGCUACGAAAACAGAAAGGAUGGCCGACAUAAAAGAAGAGGAGUUAUCGCUCCCCAAGGUACUACCGCUGUGUCCAGGAGCUUCCCCUAAACGCCUCCCUUACACCACCGAAUGCAAUUGCUCUUUUUAUUGGAUUGAGAUCAAGGGAGUCUAAUAUAACCUCCAAAUCAUUUACAUCAAGUGUAAGGGAAAUGUCUCGGGCUUGCUCCUGGUGUAGGCUUAAUCAAAAUAAUGAACCUUUACAUGGGUUGUUUUUUUGGUUUUUGUUUUUUUAUAGUGGCUUUGCUUUGAUUGUGAAUUUUACCUAUUAUCUUUAACAUGUUCAUCGUCACUUAAUAGGAAAAGAUUCAAAGCUAAGAGUGAAAUUUUAGCCUGUGAUUUUGACAAGUGUGACCUUUUGGUUGUCAAAAGUGUGAUAAUAUGAAGGUGUCCGUAUGUUCAAAACGCAAGUGUUCACUCCUGGGCAGGUUGGAAAGCUUGUAAUCACAGAGAGAGGCGGGAAGCAAUAAUUGUUGAAAUGCGGAUAACUGCGCAAACCUUCAGACAAUCUUUUACCUUGAUGGCAUUCAUAGUGUUGCACUCAUUUGUACAUAGGAAAACUGCAGUAAUGAAGUGUGAGGAGAAGUUCAAACCCUGCUUACUUUCUCACCUCCGCACGCCUGGAUAGUAGCGGCGUGAAGUGAGCGUGAGUGAAAGUUGCGAAAGCUGUUAUUCGAUCUUUGGAAAAGCACUUUUCUUUGAAGCAUACCGACACCUUCACACAGCAGCUGUGGUCUUAGAUAGCAGCCAAUUUGCUUUAUUUGACAUUUUCAAAUCUAUGCAAAACGGAUUUGUGUGUCAUAAAGUAAAGAAGAAUCAAAGUCUUGUUAAGAUUUUUCUUCCACCACUUGUUCUACUUGUGGUUUCGAGCACUGAAUAAGAUGUUACUUUGAACUUCAAACGCUGUGAUUAUUCUAAAGUAUUUAAAACGCAGCUCGUUUCACGGGAUUGGCGUUACUUUUGAAUGUUACUUGAGCCGCGUUUCCACCGCAAAGUCGAGGAACCUUUGGCAGAACUUUCCACCGAAGCGACCAGGAUCUAAACUAAGUUAUGGAGACUAUUAUUAUUACACCUCUGGGGGAGGGGUAGUACUUUCUAAAAGUUCUGGAACUUUUGGGGGUGGGUGUAGCAUUAGACAUUUCCGAUUGGUCGAGUAUUUGAAGUAUUUUUUUUUAGGUGGUACAUCUGAGGCUGGUGCUAUAUUUCGUAAAUUUCGCCAUCUCUCAAAAGUUUGCACAGAUGCCCACGUGCAGUCCAGAAUUUUUCUUCCAUGCGGCUACAAUAUAAAGGCAGCAUGUUCGGCGAUAGCGUGUAUGUACAACCUAUUGCACAUAUAUGGAAUGGAGUCUUCCAAGUGGACUCCUGCAGUUAUUAUGCAUCAGUCUGUGUCUAAAGCUGUCCAUGUCCAAGUAUAAUCAAUUCUUUGGUCAUCUCAUGGACCGUCUUUGCAGGAAGGCUUCCCUAAUCGUACCUUUUCGCCUUUCUAAUUCCAUUGUGGUGUAAAAUCUGACAACUUCGACUGCAGUGUCAACUUUGAGCGCACCAACAUAAUGACAAAUAGUACUUAGUGAACAUAACUCCAGUUCUAUGAGCAUGUAGGAAAUAGGAUUUGUUAUGUGAGCCUAUAUGGCAGAUCUUCCACUGUUGAGAUGUUAAGAGAGAAGAUAGCUACAGAAUAAGGACAUGAAGAGGACAGAACAAAUUGUUGACCUCUCCGAGUUUAAGUAAUCAGCAUCUAGAUUCGACAAACAGUUUUUCAGGAACUACCCUAGUGUAGGUACUUUGUUGACCCACCACAACAACCCUCAAAGAGGUUCUACAGGGGCGGUUCUUGCAGUUGGAAUGCAAUGUUUGGACCUGCAAGUUGUCUAUUAGUAGCUCGUAAAAUCAGUCUGCUGACUUGCAUUUCAGGCAUUUUUAAUCCACUUUGCUCGUCUCUUUUCCUGCACUGACUCAGUAAGCCCAUUUACAAAGCAGGGAAUCCCGAUUAAAAGUAGCACAACCUGAAUCCCCUCGAUGCUUCCAGUUGUUGCAGUGUCGCCUGUCCUUCGCGUUAUAUAGCCUCAUUGCUGUCGUAAAGUCUUCAACAUCACUGCCACCUGUUGGACUCGACUACAGCAGUUUUUUAUACAGUAACUUGCAAAAAUUACAUUAAAACAAGAGUGUUUUUGGGUCUUUGGACUGCGGUGGAAACUCAAACAACCAAUACCAAUGGGAACCUUGACGUUCCUGGAAAAGGUUCCCAGGACUAAAUGUUCUCUUAACUUAGGGUGGAAACGUGGCUUUGGAAGCAAAUGUUCCACUAAAGACUCACUCAAUGUGCCAAGCUACUGCUCAUACUUGUGUGUCAUUCCAUGAGCUAAUCACACCACAACCUUGCUCUUAAGUAGUCAGUUACCAUUUGCCUUUUAACUUAACAGAGAACAUCUCUUUAAGGUGUGCAAUUGUUUGUGUGUCGGUCUGUUUUUUGUAGUUUGUGUAGGUAGGGCAUUAUUUCCUGUAUAGCUGACUGUGUACUGCCCUCCUCCUCAUAUGUCAUAACCAUGGCCAUUUGUUGGUGAACUGUGAAGUGCAAUUGCUAUUGGUCAGUAUUUCGUCUUAGGGAUUUAAGGGUUUCGUUGUUGUUUGGUUGAGAAGACUAUAUCGGUAUGACUUGCAAGAACUGUUCCCCUAAUUUGCACUACAGGAUUGAAACGGAACAGAAUGAAGGGGCAGUAGUUGGAUGCAUUCAAGUCAUGUGUAAGUUGCACUUCUAGUCGGUAGUUGCUAUUUGAAAGAGUAAAUAGAGUUAGGUGCCUCUCGCCAAAAAGCUUUUUAAUUAGCAUAAUCAUAGAAAAAAAGUAGAAGACGUAGAAUCCAAAUCUGCAAAUAAAUUAGAAGAAUAUUUUUUCAGCAUCUUUUGAGAAAGAAUUGGUUCAAUUUUCUCUUUUUGCUUUUUGAUCCAUUGACUAAAUACCUGUGCCCAAAAAUAAUGACAGACAUCACUGUGAUAUAUACUUUUUACAAAAAUUUAAAUUCAUAAAUUGAAAGCAUUUAUAUGGAAAUUGUUAAUUUUUCUGAUAAUUGUAUGGUUUUAUGAAAGAAAGGUGCUGUCUGAUAAUUUUCCCCUGACUUGUAAACAGAGACGUAAGAUAUAUCCAUGUUAUAUUUAAAAAAAGGUUCAUUUGAAAUUGCUAGAGAAGAUGAAUAUUAGAUGAGGUUUAUCUCAGUUUAUCUUAACUUGGAUUUAAAAUGUGGAUAUUUCAUAUGAUUUACAAAUUAACUAUCUUUGCCAUGUUGAUGCAUUUAAAGAGUCUUCUGAAAAUAAAGGAACUUAUGUGAAACAAA